AUGGCUGCAAGUCCGGUCACUGUCGUCGCCGUAAGUUCAAGCACCUGUUGCGACGAUACUAGCAUCAGCAGCAGCAACAGCAACAACAACAACAACAACAGCAAUUUCAACAAUAACAACAACAACAACAGCAAUAACAACAACAAUAACAACAGUCAUAAUGUAGGGAGUAGCGGCAGCAGCAGCGGUUCGUACGGAAGAGCACAAGCUCGAUGUAACGAACCGGAUACUUCCACUAUACAAACAAAAGCAGCAUCAACAGUACCAGUAGCCCCUACGGCAUCAGCAGCAGCAGCAGCAUGCGUGGCGCCAGAAGCGAAAACAUGGCCGUCGUCUCAAGGCAAGCAGACGACAGAAAAUAACAACGAUCUCGGUCUCGGCUCGGCGUCUGCCGGCACGAAAGACCUAUCCAGUUACGGGGAGGCGUCGCUGGCGGAAAUCGAGGCCGAUCCGACGACCGAUGUCGGAGGGCAGAGCCAAAAACCGCCGACGGAAGUCAGCGGGACUGGCGUCGGAGGAAGUCCGGCCACGAUAGCCGGUUCCGCUGUUUGUAACAAUGACGUCAAAGACGAAGAGUCUGACGAUGAACAACAGGAGAUUUUUGUUGAUGCUCUCCUCAAUCCAACGAAUCCGGUUCCGUUGCCAAGCACGAGAGUCGUCCGUCCCAUGCUCACCUGCGAUAUUAUAGAAAGGGUCUAA